AUUCCAAUUCCAAGUUGGUUUUCCUUGGCUUCCUCUGCUCUUCAAAGAAUAACCACCUCCUAAAGAUAUACCCACCCCCUUCUUCCUCUUUCAAUUUCCUCUCUCUCUGAUUUCCUUCUGUUCUAUCCAGGGGGAGCUUCCAUUUCUGAUCCCCAGAUCAUGUGACGGAGGUUCCUUCCCCUUUUCUUUGAUUUCAUCUUCAGAUUCCACUUUUUCAAUUUUUUUUCCCCUUUAGAGGAGAUUCAUUCAUCUCUUUCUUCUUAUUGUUCUUUCCCAAAUCCAUUACCAUGACUGUCCAAGUGGAGAUUCAAGCUCAAACAGAUCAGAUUCCAGAAUCGGAGGUGGAGAUUGGGGAGGUUGGAAAAAGAAAAAAGGAAAUGGAAGAGACAGAAGAAGGAGAAGAAGGAAUGAAAGUGAAAGAUGCGGUGGAGGAGGAAUAUGUGUGCGGUGAAAACUCGCCGAGGGGUGUGUUUGAGAUUCCGAUUGUGGGGACGGAUUCGGACCAGAGCGAGAGCAGCAGUGGCGGCGGAGGGGUCGGAGAAGGCACCUUGACAGUGGCAGACAAGGAGUUAAUACCGGCGGUUCUUCUCCAAGAGGGUGGUGGAAUUCCAUGGAAGACGAUGAUCGGAUGCAUAAAGAAAAAAUCGGUUUGGAGAUUCUCCACCAUUCCAUUACUUGCUGCCAGUUAUGAGAUUUCUAGGAAGAAUUUCAAGAGGAAAUUGGCCAGGAUUCGGAGUGCCGAUGACGCUAUCACCAGCGAUGAUAUUCCCUUUUGCAAACCUUCAUGGAGGAACUAUGGCUUCUCCGAGCUCUCCGCUGCUACCAACAAUUUCAGCCAAGAAAACUUGCUUGGAAAAGGAGGACAAGCAGAGGUUUACAAAGGCUGUUUAUCCGAUGGCCAAGUCGUGGCGGUUAAGCGACUUAUGAAAAAGGAGAAAGAAAAUGAGGAAAGAACUGCUGAUUUUUUAUCAGAACUUGGAAUUAUUGCCCAUAUAAACCACCCGAAUGCUGCGCGGUUGCUCGGGUUUGGAAUUGAUGGUGGCCUCUACCUUGUCCUUGAAUUCAUUCCUUAUGGCAGCUUUGCCUCGGCCCUUUUCGGUGCGGAAUCUUUAGAAUGGAAGAUAAGAUUUAAGGUGGCUGUUGGUGUAGCAGAAGGAUUAAACUAUCUUCAUUGUGAAUGUCCGAGGCGCAUCAUUCAUAGAGAUAUCAAAGCCUCUAAUAUUUUGCUUGAUGAGAACUACGAACCACUGAUCUCUGAUUUUGGAUUGGCAAAGUGGCUACCUGAAAAUUGGGCUCACCAUGUCGUCUUCCCCAUCGAGGGUACAUUCGGAUAUUUGGCUCCAGAGUACUUUAUGCAUGGAAUUGUGGAUGAGAAGACUGAUGUUUUCGCUUAUGGUGUUUUGUUGCUUGAGCUCAUAACUGGCCGUCGUGCAGUUGAUUCGAGUCGGCAAAGUCUUGUGAUCUGGGCAAAGCCAUUACUUGAUAACAACAGCUUCAAGGAAUUAAUAGAUCCAAAGUUAAGAGAUGAGUACGAUCAAACCGAAAUGAGACGAACCAUGUUAGCAGCUUCAAUGUGCAUUAACCAUUCGUCGUCGAUGCGUCCACAUAUGAACCGGGUAGUACAGCUGCUGAAUGGAGAAGAUGGACCAUUAGAUCAAUUAAAACAUAAGUCGAUGGAUGGGGAUCGAUCGUUCUUUUUGGAAGCCUGCGACCUCGAAGAUUACACAAGUAAUUCGAACUACUUGAACGACCUUAGUCGUCACAGGGAGCUCGUUUUGGAGUGAAGCCUUAUGUUUGUGUGCUUCUUCUAAAUUGCUAAAUUGUUUGUGUUGAAAGUUAUAUGAAAUGAUGCCUAUGCAAUUGUGUCAAAGGCUGAGAUAAUGUUCACACAAGUCAAUGUCACUUUUAUGGCUCUGUUAUAUGCCUAUUGAAGAGCUCUUCUUUUUGUCAAACACAUAGAGAUGGUAGAAGGGCCGCUUAAAUAUAUAUAUAUACCACAUAUAUAUAUAUAUCUAUGUAUGUGCAUAUUCGUUGGCAUAUGAGAAACAGAAAUUGUAUAUUGAUUUUUAUAUGGUUGUGAUACCCUUAUUUUAUUGGAA